GCACAAACCAUAAUAUUGAUAUGCAUUUUAAAAACUGUAUUUUAGUACCGUAAAUUUCACCGGAGAAGUUCUUGUUUUACCGGAUAGUUAUUUAUCUAGUAAUUGAAGAUUUUAAUAGAUUUUUGUAUAAGAAGCUCUAGGUUUUUAUAGAUAUUAUUGGGAAGAAACCCGAAGUAACAUCAUGGCGCGAAAGCGAAGGUUAGCAUCAGAUGGGGACGAAGAAGUAGAAGUUAAUCAAGAAACGCAAGGGGAAUCACCUCAACCCAAGAAAAAACGAGUUUCCUCAGCUAGAAGUGUAGCACACGAGGGAAGUAUGGAAAAAGAUACUUUCAAUUGUUCGCAAGCUCCAGAUUUCCCAGUUACGUCAGAGGCUGAAGUUGGAUUUAUUGAGAAGGUGACUUUGGUGAACUUCAUGUGCCACACUAUGCUAGAAGUGCCUCUUGGACCAAAUGUUAACUUUAUCAUUGGAAGAAAUGGAAGUGGAAAGAGUGCCAUUAUGACAGCAUUAGUGGUAGGAUUAGGUGGAAAGGCCACCACUACCAACAGAGGAAAUUCUCUCAAGGGAUUCAUAAAAGAUAAGUGCAGUUAUGCUCAAGUCUCAAUUAAGCUACGAAACAGAGGACAGGAUGCAUACAAACCAGACGAAUAUGGAGAGUCUAUAACAGUGGAAAGAAGAAUCAGUAGUGAUGGGAGUGGAUCUUAUAAGCUCAAAUCACAUGAUGGUAAAGUAAUAUCACAGAAAAAGGAUGAACUGAAUCACAUUCUGGACCAAUUCAACAUUCAGGUAGAUAACCCAGUAUCAGUGUUGAAUCAAGACACUAGUAGAAAUUUUCUCAACUCUUCAGAUCCUAAAGACAAAUACAAGUUUUUCCUUAAAGCCACGCAAUUGGAGCAGAUGAGCACAGAUUAUCAGCUGAUUAUUGAACAGCAGGAUAUUAUCAAAAAUACUUUGGACAGGAAACAAGAGACCCUCCCAGCUAUGCAGCAUCAAGUGCAGGAACUAGAAGAAAAAUACAAAGAUAUUGCACAAUUGAAAAAUAUGAAGGAGCAGGUAGAAGAUCUAAAGAAGGAGCGAGUGUGGGCAGAAGUUUUUGAAACAGAAAAGCUACUUGCUCCACUAGCAAGAGAAGAAGAAAGUCAGAAGUCAAGGCUGCCAAAAUAUGAAGAAAAAGUUGCAACUUGCCAGGAAGAAAUAAAGAACUUCGAAGAUCAGUGGGCUGAAGUCAAUCAGCAGUUCAAUGCCAUCACUCAAGAGGCUAAACAAUUGAAUGGAGAACAAGCUGCCAUAUGCAAUGAACUUAAACAAAAGAAAAAUCUUUACAGAGAAAAACAGUCUAGACUACGAAAAUUGAAGCAAGAAAAGAAGACUUCAGAGAAUGAUCAAAAGCAGUUGAUGGAGAAAAUUGACGAAAUCAGACAAACAGCUAUGCGUGAUCUUGAAUCAGAGAGGAGGCAACGACAAGAUGCUCUUCAGCACAAAAGAGAUGAGUUCAAAGCACUGGAAAGCCAGUUGUCAAUGACAAAUCAUCACAGAGGACAGCUAGAACAAGCAAUCAGCAGAGCAAAAGAAAAAACUUACCAGCUGAGGACAGAUGUGAAUGAUGCAACUCACAGAGCUGAUGCAAUUCAGAGACAAUUGAGAGAUCUUCAAGGAAGCCGUAACAACAAACUCAAACUAUUUGGGUCUUGGGUACCUGAUCUUCUCCAAAGAGUGGAGCAGGCUGAACGGAGAGGAAAUUUCCAUCAAAAACCUGUUGGCCCCAUUGGUGCUCAUCUAACCUUAAAGGAUCAAAAGUGGGCUUUAGCAGUAGAGUCGUGCAUCAAGAAGUUUGGCUGGGCAUUCUGUUGUCAUGAUGGUCACGACCAGCAAGUUCUCAAGCAGCUUUUCCAACAAGUCUGUGCAAAAGAUAACAUCCCCACCAUAAUUAUCAGCAAGUUUCAGAAUGAGGUUCAUGAUGUUUCAGGAAAUAAACCUAGAAGCAAGUAUCCUACCAUUUUAGACAUGCUGAUUAUUGACAACCCUGUUGUUGCAAACUGUCUGAUUGAUCAGGUUGCCAUAGAGUCAGUUUUACUAAUCGAGGACCCCAAAGAAGCACGUCAAGUUAUGUUUCAACACCCUCCAGCAAAAGCAAGAAUGGCUUAUGCAAUGAAUGGAGAUCAACUGUUUGGUGGAAAAACAGCCAGAUCAUAUGCAUCCAUGAUGGAUAAAGCCAGAUACUUACAGAAGGACAUUGAGGUUGAGAUCAGACAGUUACAGCAGGAUCUUCAACACAAACAACAGCACCGUCAGCAGUGUCAAAGAGACUUGGAGGAAGUUGACAAAACAAUCAGAGAUAAUGUGAGAGAGCUUCAAAAGGCAAAACAGAAAGCAUUUCGUGAGCAAGAAUUGGUCAAUAAAGCCCUUGGUGAAAUAAAGGAGCUUGAAAAUUAUGAAGAAGAGGACCUUCCAGAUGUCACAACAUUGACUGCUGAAGUUGAAGGAGAGUUAGAAACAGCACACAAUGAACUGAACAUACAACAACUGAAGGAGGCACAGCACAAGGAGAAAAUACAAAAUCUGUUAGACAAGGCUGAACCAUUAAAGACUCAACAACACAAUAUUGAAGUGGAGAUGGAGACGAAGAAGAGUCACAGGAAACACUUUGAAACAAAGGUGAAGGAAAUAGAGGAUACAAUCAGAAAAGCAGAGAGGGAACAUGAAAACAUGAAGAAACUGGUCAGGGUGAAGACUCAAAAAGCCAGCGAGUUUUGUGAGCGGGUUACAACAAGAAGAACAGUGAAAAGUCUGGAAACAGAAAUCAUUCAAAAAACUAAACGGAUACAAACAGAAGAACAAAACAAAGGUAGACACGAGGAUAUAACAAGAGAAUACUUUGAAGCGAAAAAACGGUAUGAAGGUAUUAUGGAGUCACUGAAGAACCUAAAAAAAUACAGCAGGCGCCUGAAGAUGGUCAUGGAGCAAAGAGCUAAGGCAUUCAUAAAUUACCGGCAUUACAUCGCUAUUCGUGCUAAGUUCUUCUUCACGAUGAUGCUCUCUCAGAGAGGCUACAGCGGCAAGAUGGUUUUUGAUCAUGCAAAUGAAUCCCUUAGCCUUCAGGUUAAUGUUGAACAGGGCAUCAAACGGGUCGCCAAAGAUACCCGUUCAUUAUCUGGAGGAGAGCGAUCGUUUUCCACGGUUUCAUUUAUCAUGGCUCUAUGGGAAGCAAUGGAGUCGCCUUUUCGAUGUCUGGACGAAUUUGAUGUCUUUAUGGACAUGGUAAACAGACGGAUUAGCAUGGAAAUGAUGUUAAAGGUGGCCAAAGAACAACAAGAAAAACAGUUCAUUCUUCUAACACCCCAGGAUAUGAGUGCCAUCGGAAGCUGCAGAAAAGUAAAAAUUUUCAGACUUCUUGAUCCUGAAAGAGGACAGACCACAUUACACUUUCAGCCUGCCGAUGCUUGAAAUUAAUGUAGCAUCCCUACAUAGUUACUGCAAUAAUGUUACGGUUUCUUUCCUCUCGCAAAUUGCCAAUCAGUUACAUUGUCAGAAGAAUGGAAAGCCCACAAUUUCUGACAGUUGAUGUUUCUUUUUCGAUCCUAAGUUGUAUAAUGAUACGAUCGUCUUCUGUUGUUUCAAGGUUCUUUUGCAGCAAAAAGUCGCCUUCUGAAAUGGUAGUUACUAUGAAUACUAGUAAUUUGUAAAUGACAUUUUAUCAAUAGUCUGUGGUAGAUGUCAGUGCUUGUGAUAAAUUUAUCAAAGUUCAAUAUAUUUUUAUUCAGACUUUACUUGUACAGUAUUUUAAAUGAAAAUACACAUGCAAUAGUUAAGAGAUGAAGAUAUUUUUGCCAUACUUUAUAAUGAGGAACCAGGCCACUGUGAUUUAUCGAAUGUUGUUGUUUUGUUGGGAAUUUUAAUAGUCAAGAGAGAUUUCUAACUAUCUAAUCUACAAAAUGAACGACUAAUGCAUUAAACAGUUGUGAACAGG